CUUCCCGUGGGUUUGAGCAGAGCCCUCUACUCCGCCGGAGGGAGAGAGGCGGUGAUGAAUGGCCGUCACCAGCAGCCGCCUAAACAGCGCCUCGCUGACCAGGACCCCUCAGUGAAUGGGAUGCUGCCACGUCUCAGUGAUCUGCUCUUUUACACAAUAGCCGAAGGACAGGAAAGCAUCUCUGUUCACAAAUUUACCACUGCCUUACAGCGCACUGGCCUUUGGACCUCAGAUCCACGUCUUCGCGACUGCAUGAAUCUGAUGCGGACCGCAGCUCAAGGAGCUAGCAGUGCAGGAAUGCUGAGUCGAGAACUUUUUCGGAGGUGUGUGAGUAGCAAUAUAGUUCUCUUGACCCAGGCUUUCCGGAAGAAAUUUGUCAUCCCUGACUUCAAGGAGUUUACAUCACACGUGGAGCAGAUCUUUGAGUGUACCAAAGGACUUAGGGAGGGCAAGGUAGCAAAUUACAUUCCCCAAAUGGCCAAAUGUAAUCCAGACAUCUGGGGGGUAUCUCUCUGCACAGUGGACGGACAACGGCAUUCCAUGGGCCACACUAAGACUCCCUUCUGCCUGCAGUCAUGUGUCAAGCCCUUAAAAUAUGCCGUUGCUGUCAGUGAACUGGGCACAGAGAGAGUCCAUCAGUAUGUGGGCAAAGAGCCCAGUGGUCUGCGUUACGACAAACUGUCUCUCAACGAAGAAGGGAUUCCACACAACCCUAUGGUGAAUGCAGGAGCCAUUGUGGUGAGCUCUCUUAUCAAGAUGGGCUGCAAUAAAGCAGAGAAGUUUGACUACGUGGUGGAUUAUUUGAAGAAGAUGGCUGGAAAUGAAUAUGUGGGAUUCAGCAAUACCACGUUUCAGUCAGAGAAAGAAACAGGAGAUCGGAAUUAUGCCAUUGGCUACUAUCUCAAAGACAAAAAGUGCUUUCCACGUGGUGUGGACAUGAUGGCAGCUCUUGACUUGUAUUUCCAGUUGUGUUCUGUUGAAGUGACUUGUGAGUCUGGCAGUGUCAUGGCAGCCACACUUGCCAAUGGUGGUAUCUGCCCUAUCACAGGCGAGUGUGUCCUCAGUGACGAAGCCAUCCGCAACACCCUUAGCCUCAUGCAUUCUUGUGGCAUGUACGACUUCUCGGGGCAGUUUGCCUUCCAUGUUGGUCUUCCUGCCAAAUCUGCAGUCUCUGGGGCUAUCCUGCUGGUAGUGCCCAAUGUUAUGGGAGUGAUGUGUCUAUCGCCCCCUCUGGAUAAAGCUGGCAACAGCACAAGAGGAAUUGGGUUUUGUCAGGAAUUGGUGUCCCUCUUCAACUUUCACAACUAUGACAACUUGCUGCAUUGUACCCGCAAGAUGGACCCACGCCGUGAAGGAGAUGAAGUUAGGAACAAAACUGUUGUGAAUCUGCUGUUUGCUGCUCACAGUGGAGAUAUCUCUGCUCUUCGGAGAUUUGCUCUGUCAGCUAUGGACAUGGAACAGAAAGACUAUGACUCUCGCACGGCCUUGCAUGUUGCUGCAGCUGAAGGACAUCUGGAGGUUGUGAAGUUUCUGAUGGAGGCCUGCAGAGUCAAUCCUUUUGUCAAGGACAGAUGGGGAAACAUUGCCUUGGAUGAUGCCAUCCAGUUUCAUCACCUGGAAGUGGUGAAGUUGCUCAAGGAUUAUCAAGAAAACUACAUAUUGGGUUCCAGACAGGCCAAGGAAGCAGCCGAGGAUCUCUCCAAGGAGAAUUUGGAAAGUAUGGUGUGAGAAUGGUAGUUUCUAUAGCUGCUUUGUUAUCCCUGUUUUGACUGGUUCAUCUCACUUCUGAAAGGAGUGUAACAGUAAACAUACUAUUGCUAAGGACUUGAAGAAGAAGAGAGAGACGUAUAAAGAGAGCACUAUAUUCUUCUCAUUCCAAACUCUUCCGCCCACUUGAGCAAU